AAUUAUAUAUAUGGCUAUCAAAAAAUAUUUGAAAAUCAUUUUUACGCGGUACGACACGGGAUAAGAUAAACAAACAUUUUACCACACUAAUCCAAGCAAGUUUCAUACAACAAUUCAAAGAACAAACAGAUUUACUUUAAGGUGAAUCUUAUGAUGGGAUUGUUUUAUCGUCAUCAAUUGAGAUAUGCUAGGGUCUAGUGAUGUUCCAGAUAGGGGUUCAAGUCCCCAAACGCCAACAAUAAAUCAAUCUACUGCUUCUGUUGCUUCUGCUUCAAUGCCACAAGCAAAUGUUCCAAGAGCAGUCCAUGGUUGGCGCUUUAAAGAUCUUUUAAAGCUAUCAUCAGGAUCAAAUACUGGUGGUACCAAACUAGAACAACCUCCUCCCAUCAUUGUUACAGAAGAAUCGUCAAGUACGGGUCUGUCACCAAGGUCAAAUUCCUCAGCCUCAUCAAAUACUCGAGCCAAUUCCGUUAGUAGUUGUCGUUGUUGUGGCACUAUUCUAACUUAUCCCUCUAAAUCACAUAAGUUUCGAUGUUCAAUAUGUAAUACAACUAAUAUUUUAGUUCAUGUACCACCAGCAGUUCCUGUUGAAGAAGAUACUAUUCAUUUAAUUUCAAGUUCUCAUAUAAGAAAGCUUAUAGAUAAAGGUUUAAGAAGUGCUCAGAAGAAUGGUGAACUGGGAUCUAAAUCACUUCAUGAAAUAUUUUCACCUUUAUCAACAUACUUACAAACAGCAUUUGGAUCUAGUGAAGCCGUCAAUGCCUCCUUCAAGAUUAAUAGAUCAAGUUCACGUCCUCAUUAUCAUUCAUCUAAUAUCAAUAUAGAAGAGAUUAGAGAGAGUUUUGAUAUGCUAUUAAAGCUUCCUACUAAACGACCAUUAUACAGUGCACUCAAAGGAGCAUCGAAUGCUCUUAAAAGGAUAUCUACAUUCAAAGAUGAAGAUAAUCCUCAGAACAUAAGAUGGGUUUUAAUACUCUUGGAGAUCCCAUUUUUAUCAAGAUGUUUGUUGGAUAAUAAGGAAGAUUUAAAAACAAAUUCACAUACAUUUACAGAGAAUCCAGAAAUAAAGGCAUUAAGUUAUGAUAUUUUAAAGAGAUCCAUUGGAAUUCUUGCUAAUUCAGAAACAAAAAGAUCUAGUAAUAUUAUGGCUAGUUGGUUUUCAAAGUUACUGAAGGAAGAUUUUAUUACCAAAGUUGAUCUUUUAAAUCUUUACAUAACUUUCCAUUUGAAAAAUUAUUUUUAUAUAGCCAAUAAUCCUCAAUUAAUCAGACGAAAAUCAACAACCGUGGUUCCAGUGACUGAAAGAGAACAUACUCAUGAGAGACAUCCAACUGACAGAGAGUAUCAAGAAAAUUCUACCAUUAAAGAUGAAAUAAGUGAAUUUAAUGAUACUACUGCUCAUGGUCCGUUAAAUGUACCACUCCGUUUGCAACAAGCUUCUCCAUUUCCUGUAAAUUCAAAGUCUAAGAAAUCAGCCCCAGAAGCUAAGAUCAAAAUUCAUCAGUAUGGUCAAGAUUGGCAUAUUAAGACAGCAGCCAAAGUAUUAGCUAUUUUUGUUAAGGCCAAUAGUAUAAGAGAUACACCAUUUCUAAUUAGUUCAUUUUAUAAUUCAUUGGUGGAUUAUGUUAAUAUUAAGUUGGAUUUUGAUUCAUGGCAAGGAAGCAGAAAAUCUCACCACACAACCACAAGUGGUGGGGCAAAUCAUUCCAAUUCAAAUGAACCUGAGUUACAGAGUAUUAUUGAUUAUAUUCAUGGAUCUAUUAAUCCAAGUAAUUUGAAUGAAAAUGCAUCUUAUUAUUUUUGUCAUUUUCCAUUUUUAAUAUCAUUAGGAGGAAAAAUCUCAAUUUUAGAGUAUGAAGCACGAAGACAAAUGGAAAGAAAGGCAGAAGAAGCAUUUAUUAAUUCAUUAGAUAAAAGGAUUGCCAUUGAUAUUUAUUUCAAGGUUAGAGUUAGAAGAGAAUUUAUUGUACAAGAUUCAUUACAAUGUAUUAAAUUGAAUUCUAAUAAUCUUAAAAAGAGUUUGAAAGUUCAAUUUGUUAAUGAACCAGGAAUUGAUGUUGGUGGAUUAAAGAAAGAAUGGUUUUUAUUAUUGACAAAGGAAAUGUUUAAUCCAAAUACUCGAAUGUUAUAUAAUGUGGAAGAUUCUAAUUUAUUAUGGUUUAAUAUUAAACCUAUUGAAAAUUUUGAAAUGUAUUAUUUAUUUGGAGCUGUAUUAGGAUUAGCCAUUUAUAAUUCUACUAUUUUAGAACUUCAAUUUCCAACUGCAUUAUAUAAGCUUUUAUUAGGAAUUCCAAUUGAUAUUUUGGAUUAUAGUCAAUUAUUUCCGCUGUCAUAUUCGAAUUUAAUAAAAUUAAAAGAUUUAAGUGAAGAAGAUUUAGAUGCAUUGGAUAUUACAUUUGAAGUGAGUUAUAAGGAUGUGUUUGAAACUUCCUAUACUGAAGAAUUGAUUUCUGGUGGAAGUAAGAUUCAAGUGAAUAAAGAUAAUUUAAAUUUGUUUAUUGAGAAGUAUAGUGAUUUUUUUAUGAAAACAAGUAUUUCCAAACAAAUUGAAUCAUUUAUAAAUGGGUUUUCUAAUGUGGUUGGAGGUAAUGGACUUUCAUUAUUUCUGGUUGAAGAGUUACAAUUAUUAUUGUGUGGAAGUAAUGAAGGAAGUAUUGAUGUUGAAGUAUUAAGGUCAGUUACUAAGUAUGUGGGAUGGAAUGGUAAAGAAUGUGGUGGAACUGGAAAUGGUCCAGAAUCAUCUGUAGUUACUUGGUUUUGGGAUAUGUUUAAUGAUAUGAAUAUUAAACAACGAAAGAAAUUAUUGUUGUUUGUUACAGGGUCAGAUAGAAUACCAGCAACAGGUAUUCAAAAUUUAAAUUUCAAGAUCAGUUUGUUAAAUCAUGGUAAAGAUAGUAAUAGAUUACCAGUUGCUCAUACCUGUUUUAAUGAAUUGGCAUUAUAUAAUUAUAGUACAAAAGAGAAAUUCAUUGAUAAAUUAAACAAGGCUAUAUAUGAAAGUGCAGGGUUUGGAAUAAAGUAAAGGAUUGGUUUUAUAUUAAUUGGUUUGGUUAAAUCGAUUAAAUAGUAUGUAGAUAUAUAUAUAUAUAGUAUAUAGAUAAGUAAUUAGAUACACAUACUAUGAUAUGGUAUUGUAU